AUGUCUAACUCGCAUUAUUCCAGCAAGCAUAAGCAUCACAAGAGCAGCAAGUCUGGCCGGUCCAAGACUACUGAGAGCAGCAGCAACGGAUGUUCGUGGCCCGUAAACGGAGACGUGAGCUUCCUCUUCGUCGUGAAUGAGCUGGAGAUCAGGUUCCGUGACGAACAAGACCUUGACAGUGGCAUACGCAAAGAUGACUGGCUGAAUGUGUUGCCUCCCAACACGCCAGAACUCUACUCGCCGGAGACACUCCAACAUGUCAGUCAGGUUAUGAGGUUUCGAAACGGGCAAGUUACGCCCGCUGGGCCUGCUUACUACUGGGCACGCGCUGGGCAGUUCGAUGAAGGAUGCAUUGCCAUGGCAGCGGGAGAGACCCAAUACCCUCUACAAAAGUACAAGUCUGCCUCGGUUUUCUCCUGCAACCCAUCGCUGCCGGUUGUGACCCUUGAAGGUGAUGCGAGGACGAACCCCGAUCCCGAUUUUAAUGUCCUGCAGUUUGUUCAUCAACGCAAUGCCGACUCGGGUAGCAAUGGCGUCUCCCUGGCUGCAUUCUCGAUGGACCGCUCCUCGUCUGUUUGCCCACCACCAGUCAAGUUUGUGGCAGGUCGCCAUGCCAGCUGGAUCCCAAGCCUGGUUCCUGGCAUUUGCCGCAAUCCUUACAUGGCAGGCGAGUCUUCCGGGCUAGGCGGCGAGCUUCCCAUUGUCAUUGGGCUCAUGGCGUUCCACGCUUCUCCCGACGGCGGCCGAACCAUCAACGACGUUUUUCUUGGACGCGGAGAAAAUAGUGGGCUGUGGAGGAACUAUCGCUGGCAAAGCAGCUCGUCGCCUGCUGGCUACACGCUUUCAGAGCAGGACACUCCUCGUGGCUACCUGGUGCACAUCUGCCUCGACCCUGAGAAUGAAGCGGGCUCUACAUUACACUCUCUUUACAUGCUUGAGUGGAAUGGCGUUCUUGUCCAGGGCUAG